AUACGCAAAAACACUCCCCAAGUAAGCACCGGCCUGGUUUUCACCGAAGCCACUUUCGCAGCCCUCUCCAUCUAUAAAUUCUCCGGUUAGAAUUCCAAAGUUCCACCGGACUUUCUCCUUCACGAUGGCCAGAAUAGCAGUUACUCUGACUCUCAUCUUCUCCCUAUUCCUUCUUUCCCACGCUCGUAUCCACCCCAACGAACCAGAGAAUCUACUCGUCGAAUGGGACCCUUCAACUUCAAACGAGCCCAAAAUCCUUCUCCCUUCCGAGAGACCCAAAGAAGAUGCUGUUCUCUCAGAGGAAGUUGCCGAAUUUGAAUCCACCGGCACUGAGCUGCCGGAAUCUGACGAUGUCGCAACCGUCGGAACUCCGAUUACUUCGUCGGAGACUAGUAUCAGUUCGAUGGAUGAGGUGGAUCACCACCACCACCACCACCACAAGAAGCACAAGAAACACUGCUUCCAUUUCCAAUUCAAGUUCCCCUUCCUUUUCCACAAACACUGCCAUCAUCACAAGAACCAUACACACUGCGAUCAUCAUAAGAAGAACCACUCAAACUCCGAGAAUGAAGACAAGGAGAUGGAGAAACACUUGGACUCACGCAUCGUCAGUGAAGAGAUCCCAUCUGGCGAAGACUUAAUCAUGGCUAGGACUGCAGAGUUUCACCAUGAGGAUGGCGAAGGGAUGAUGAAACACCAUAAGAAGGAGUGGAAGAAAGAGAAGGAAGGAAAGAUGAAGAAGCACCAUAAGAAGGAAUGGAAGAAAGAAAAGAAAGAUGGAGGCCUUAUGAGGUUUUUCAGGAAACUCUUCAAGCACUUCCACUGAUCAGGUGGCUUUGCUCUCUCUCUCUCUCUCUCUCUCUCUCUCUCUCUCUCUCU